UGAGGCUGUUUAUGAGAGACAGUAUAGUUUAGGGAGGUUGUGCUAGAAUUAACUUUUCUCAGAGUUAGAUUCGCUGGUCUUAAAGUGUUUUUCCUCUUCUUCGAGAUAAAGUUUCAAUUCCUGCACUCUCAGUUACUCCGUGUCAGCUGGGGUCCAGAAGCAGAUGGUCCUCCUUCUGACGAAUCCUAAGGUCAGUAGUAGCGUAGCUCUACAUCACAGUGCUCCAUCAUCCAUCUCAUGUCUUCUUAUCUAGUAGGCAUCUUAUCAUCUCACAUCGUCACAAGAAGGGUACCUCGGCCUUGAAGGGGCUCUUUUAUUGAGAAUCGAUGUCUUCUCCUAGGUAAUUGAUCACCGCAGACCCAGGGACACUCGACUCAUCUUCAAGGGAGGGUAAUAGUCAUGAAUAAUCAAAAAGCUGUAGCUACACUACUGCAGGAGUGCAAGCAAGUGCUGGACCGACUCCUGUUGGAGGCGUCGGAUGCAUCAGAGGAGGAGAAGAGCGAGGAUCAGUGGUGGAGAGCUUCACUCUCUGACGAGUUAAGGACCUUGAUCCAGGAGGCAAAGGAAAUGAAGUGGCCCUUCGUGCCUGAAAAGUGGCAGUACAAACAAGCCAUGGGUGCAGAGGACAAAACAAACCUGCAGGAUGCAAUCGGCGCCGGGCUGCAGCAGUUGCUGGCGUCCCUGGAGGCCUGCGUCCGCGCGCGGGACUGCCGCACCGCCGCGGCCAUCGUGUUCCUGAGCGACCGGCUCCUGUACGGGCUCGACGUGUCCGGCCACCUGCUGCAAGUCGCCAAAGGGCUCCACAGGCUGCAGCCAGCAACGCCGAUCGCGCCCCAGGUGGUGAUCCGCCAGGCGCGGAUCUCCGUCAACUCAGGGAAACUUUUAAAAGCAGAGUACAUCCUGAGCAGUCUAAUAAGCAACAGUGGAGCAACAGGUACCUGGCUGUACAGAAGUGAAAGUGACAAGAUCCUGGUGCAGUCGGUCUGCAUACAGAUCAGAGGGCAGAUUCUGCAAAAGCUGGGCAUGUGGUACGAAGCAGCAGAGUUAAUAUGGGCCUCAAUCAUUGGAUAUUUAACACUGCCUCAGCCAGAUAAAAAGGGAAUUGCUUCGUCGCUAGGUAUACUGGCAGACAUCUUUGUUUCCAUGAGCAAGAAAGAUUAUGAGAAGUUUAAACAGAAUCUGCAAGUGAACUUGGGCUCGCCAAAGGAGUUUGAGCACCAUUUGCUGUCAGCCGCAGAAGCAUGCAAGCUGGCAGCUGCCUUGAGUCCCUACACGCCCCUCUACGUGCUCACAGCUAUGAAUAUCCGAGGCACAUGCUUGUUGUCAUAUGGUAGUUCUAAUGACUGUCCUCUGGAGAUGAAGACUUCCUAUCUAUAUGAAGCCAAACAGGCCUUUGAAAUUGGCCUUCUCACUAAGAGAUAUGAGAAACCAGUUACUGGAAAACAGGAGCUUCACAGUUUCCUCAAAGCUGCCUUCGGUCUCACCACAGUACACCAAAGACUCUGUGGGGAGAUAGGGAUGGUCCAUGAAGCAAGUCAGCUCUGCAGUGAAGCUAUGGGAAAGCUGUAUAUUUUCAGUACGUCCUCCAAAAGUCAGGAGAGGAAAACUCUGUCUCAAGAAAUCAUGUCUAUUAUCACCCAGGUGAAGGAUCAUUUCCAAGUUCAAAGCUUCUCAAAUUUAGAUGACAAGUCUUACGUUCCAGAGGAUUUCAAAUGUAAUUUGGAUGAACUCAUUUUGCAUGAGCAAAUGGAUUUCCAAAAAAUCCUUGAAACCUAUUCUCAGCAUCAUACUUCAGUGUGUGAAGUAUUUGAAAGCACUUGUGGAAACAACAAAAAUAAACAGGAAGAUACAAAAACAAGAGUCUGUAUCACUGCUCUAAAAACAGAAACAAAAGCCAUAGAUACUGUGAGUACUACCGAGGACAAACCACAUUUUCAAAGAGACACAGUAACCUCCUCCUCCCAAAAGGCUAAGAAUGGUCAGGAGAAACUCAAAGGAGUAGGAAGGAGAAACUGGAUUCAUUCGGAUGCAUUUCGGGUCUCUUUUGAUCAAGGUGUGGAGACUGAGACGGAGUCACCAGACCACAGCAACAGUCAAGAAGAUGUUUGGAACAAGUCUCUGAGUGACAGCCAGACCUCCAGUUCCUGGAGCAAGUUAUCAGGGUUUAGUUCUUCCACAAGCUGGGAAGACUUGAAGUUUGAUGUUGAUGAUAGGCCAACCAGAAAAGAACAUAGCAAAGAAGAACAUGUUCUGGACACUCAGUGUUCCACUGCCCUGUCUGAAGAGCUGGGGCCCACUGGGAAAAACAGAUCUAUACAUUCUUUGUCUUCAGAACUUUAUGAUCUCUCUGUCCAGGUAUCGAAGGAUGAUGAUUUAGAGUCUUCUCAAAGUCAACUGCACAAGCACAUGCCCUUGACAACCUUCCCUCCUCAUAACACAACAGGCACUUUCUUGACCUCUGGUGCAAGGUGGUUAGAAGGAUCUCCAGAAGGUUUGCAGGAAGUCAGAAAUAUGGGCUCCAGAAACACUUUUGCUCAUUCCAGAUCUUCACUUGGCUCUGCUUCUUGGUCUUUGUCUGAUUCUGGUUGGACCAAGAUCAUGGCCACAUAUCCUUCAGUCCAAGGAGAGGAAACCUUUGAAAUCAUUGAUGGGUUUCCAGAAAUCAACUAUAAUGCCAAAGACAGGCAUAGAGAAGAGAAGGAAGAAGAAAUCAAAAGAGUUACAGGCCUGAUACCAAAAUAUAGUUCCUCCUGGGUUGACCCAGAAGAAGAAACAGCAGAAGGAACAGAGGAUGUGCCCUUAGACUCUCCCAUAGUCAUGGACGAUUCUCUGGGGAAAAGUUCCGUGAUGACAUGUAGCUCUUUCACUCCUCACUGGCCUCUUCGAAAUCCUGACUCAGGAAAAAGCAGUGGCUCUGUCAAAGAGCAGGGCAUUGACCACGACGCCUCCACAGUGGAUGAAGAGGGUCCACUGCCCGGCAGCUCGGACAUUUACCCGGCAAGUAAACAUGAUCAGGGGUCUGACACCCCCAGCUCCUCUGUACACAGUAACAUUCCCUUCCCUGUCCUCAAGGAGGACUGUGCUACCACAGAAGAGGGAAAUUAUCCUGGAAACUUACUGAACUGCAGCCAGAACUCCAGCUCGUCCUCCAUGUGGUGGUUGGAAUCACCUGCAUUUUCCAGGGGUUCUUCUGAAGGGGACAGCCCGUCGUCCUUUCUGAAUUCCACUGGAAGCUCUUUUGUUUCAUUGCUUGGAAUGACGAGGCAAGAGAUCCUUGAGGCUCGCACCCUGCAGCCUGAUGACUUUGAAAAACUCUUGGCAGGAGUGAGGCAUGAUUGGCUGUUCCAGAGACUGCAGAACACGGGAGUUUUUAAGCCCAAUCAACUCCACCGAGUAUACAAUGCUCUUUCGUUAAAAUAUUCUAAGAAAUCCGAACUGUGGACAGCCCAGGAAACGACUGCGUAUUUGGGGGACUACCUGAAUGUGAAGAAGAAAGGCAGACAAAGAAAUGCUUUUUGGGUUCAUCAUCUUCAUCAAGAAGAAAUUCUGGGGAGAUAUGUUGGGAAAGAAUAUAAGGAGCAGAAGGGGCUCUUGCACCACUUCAUCGAUGUAGAGAGGCAAAUGACAGCCCAACACUAUGUGACAGAAUUUAACAAGAGACUUUAUGAACAAAAGAUUCCAACACAGAUAUUCUACAUCCCAUCCACAAUAUUACUGGUAAGAUUACAGAAAGCAAGUACGAAUUUAGACCCAUAUUUUAUUUUAGGCCCAUAUUUGUUCAAAGUGAAAUCUACCUGUAAUAACAAGAAAGUGGUGAAAACAGAAUACAAAGCCACAGACUACGGCUUGGCUUAUGGCCAUUUUUCUUAUGAAUUUUCUAAUCAUAGAGAUGUUGUGGUCGAUUUACAAGGUUGGGUGACUGGUAAUGGAAAAGGGGUCAUAUACCUAACUGAUCCCCAGAUUCACUCUGUUGAUCAGAAAGAUGUCCCUACCAAUUUCGGAAAGAGAGGAAUUUUUUACUUCUUUAAUAGCCAGCAUGUGGAAUGUAAUGAAAUAUGCCAUCGUCUUUCUUUGACAAGACCUUCAGCUGAGAAACUAAAAGAGUCAUAGACUACCAGGAGUGGUUUUGCGGUAGCCUUAGUGCUGCUCAAUGUCAGGAUCUCAUGCCUUCCAGGCACAAAUUUGGCACCGCCUGGUCCCCUUGGGCUUAGGUGGGGCCAUAGGACUGGUUCUGGCCCAUGACGUGUGAGAGGAACUGAUGAGUACCAAUUUCAGGCUCAUGUUUAGUUGCCGGUGCAGGGCCCUACAGAGUCUCUUUCCCUCUGCCAGAAUGACCCAGGAAACAUCCGGUGAUCUCCCCUUACCAGCGUGAGUCCUGCAGUGAGGGCAACAUGGAGAAAAGCCCCCACUGACCCAUGAUGGACACAAAGCACAGAUGAGAAGAAACUUUUGUGGUUUAAGCCAUUGAGAAUUUGGAGCUUUUUGUACUAUCAAAACCAAUAGUAUUGGUGUUUUUCUUAUUGAUUUAGAAGUUCCUUAUAUAUAUUAAAGAAUUCAGGACUUUGU